AUGAAAUCAGCAUUUAAAUCAGAAUAUCCCUUUGAGAAAAGAAAGGCAGAAUCUGAAAGAAUAACUGAGAAAUUCCAGAACAGAAUCCCAGUCAUCUGUGAGAAGGCGGAGAAAUCAGAUAUUCAAGAAAUUGAUAAACGUAAAUAUUUAGUUCCAGCAGAUCUUACUGUUGGUCAAUUUGUAUACGUAAUCAGGAAGAGAAUUCUUCUACCUCCUGAGAAAGCUAUAUUUAUAUUCGUGAAUGAUACUUUGCCUCCAACAGCAGCUUUAAUGUCUGCCGUUUAUCAAGAACAUAAAGAUAGAGAUGGGUUUUUAUAUGUGACGUAUUCAGGUGAGAAUACUUUUGGUCAUAAAGAGUAA